AUGAAACCGGAAGACGAUCACGAAAGUUGCAAAGAAGCCGACAACGAUGUUGAGAAACAGGAAUUCUUCAUGAAACAAGCGCUCUUGAUGGGAGAAAAGGCUCUGGAAGUCGGAGAAACUCCCGUAGGCUGCGUUUUGGUCUUGGAUGGCAAGAUCAUUGGCUCUGGAAUGAAUGAUACCAACAGAUCAAUGAAUGGUACGAGACAUGCAGAGUUUCUGGCAAUUGCAGAAGCGCUUCAAACCUACCCAAAGUCGGUCUUUGCCCAGGUUGAUCUGUACGUGACUGUCGAGCCAUGUGUGAUGUGUGCGUCACUUCUACGACAAUACAACAUUCGCCAAGUUUACUUUGGGUGUGCCAACGACAGAUUCGGUGGUAAUGGGAGCGUAUUGUCAUUGCAUUCAGAUCCUGGUAUAGACCGGCCCUACCCUGCGACGGGAGGAUUAUUUCCAAAUGAAGCGAUUAUGUUGCUUCGAAGAUUCUAUGUUCAAGAGAACACAAAUGCACCUAACCCGCGACAAAAGAGUAAUCGGGAAUUGAAAAUGGAAUUUUAA